AUGUGUGCAAAUUAUGUUUCAUUUAAGCAGAGGAUCAAUACGAUUCAUGACGCAAUUCGAAACAAUGACCUGGAAACGGUCCAGACGGUUGUAACUGCCAAAAAGUGGGCCAUAGCACGGAACCGCAAGGGCCUCACUCCCGUUCACAACGCCGUGCUGCACAAAGAUUCUAGGAUUUUGGAAUUUUUGGUAAUGGCAUAUCCAGACGUGGUUAAUUCGUCAGAUUACAGUCUGAAAACUCCCCUCCAUUACGCCGCGGUUUACGGUAAGAACAAUCAGUUCUACAGAUUCCUUUUGGCUGCUGGAGCUGAUCCGUCUGUGACAGACAGCGAAAACCACAACCCUGAGUAUUACAUGCAGAACCCCAUCGACCUUCAUCUGACCGUGAUGCGAGAUCAUUACAUCGUGAGUGGAAGCGACUUUGACCUCUCGAACUCGGAGAGCAACGAGAAGUUGGAUCCUUUGAUGAAAGAAUGUGAGCUUCGCUUGAUUUGUCGUUUCGUGUAG